GACGGGGCGGAGUCGGGCAGUGAAGGUGGCCAGUCAGCUGGGUGCUCCAGUUCGACAAAGAAUUCCCCAGGCACUUCAGAAGAGGCGACUUCUGAUCCGACGUCCCCACAACAAAAUGAAAACGCCGCAGACAGCCCCAACGCGGUUGACACAAGGGGCUCGGACGAGCCCACCAAAGUUGGCCACCUCGAGGAAGACGGAUCUGCUGCUAAGACGAAUGGACUGCCAGCUUCUCAGAAGACUUCCACGGAGGUCGACAGUGAAGCGGCUUUAGAAGGUGAGUCGGAAGACAUUUAA